UCCAUUCACCCUGAAACCACAAACAACUAACUAACUAGUAACCGACCUCACUCUCUCUCUCUCUCCCUCCCUUUUGCAAUGGCUGGAAUUGUUCUGCUUUGCAUUGCAUCAUUACUGGCGUCUCUCUUUGUUGGAACCACUGCCAGGAUCCCCGGCGUUUACGCGGGUGGCCCCUGGCAGUCUGCUCAUGCGACUUUCUAUGGUGGCAGUGAUGCCUCUGGAACUAUGGGAGGUUCUUGCGGUUACGGCAACUUGUACAGCCAAGGGUACGGAGUGAACACAGCAGCACUGAGCACAGCACUAUACAACGAUGGCUUCAGCUGCGGCGCGUGCUUCGAGAUCAAGUGCGACCAAGAUCCCCGUUGGUGCAACCCCGGCAACCCUUCCAUACUAAUAACCGCCACAAACUUCUGCCCACCAAAUUUUGCUCUUCCCAGUGAUAAUGGCGGUUGGUGUAACCCGCCGAGGCCGCACUUCGAUCUUGCCAUGCCAAUGUUCCUCAAGAUCGCUCAAUACCGCGCCGGAAUCGUUCCGGUUGCUUACCGCCGGGUGCCAUGUAGAAAAACAGGAGGUAUCAGAUUCACAAUCAAUGGCUUCCGUUACUUCAACCUGGUUCUAAUCACCAAUGUUGCGGGUGCUGGGGAUAUCGUGCGCGCGAGUGUGAAGGGUACCAAUACUGCGUGGGCAAGCAUGAGCCACAACUGGGGGCAAAAUUGGCAAUCCAAUGCCGUUUUAGUGGGCCAGGCUCUCUCCUUUAGAGUCACCGGCAGUGACAAGCGCACCUCAACCUCAUGGAAUGUGGCACCGCCUAAUUGGCAGUUUGGACAAACCUUCACGGGCAAGAAUUUCCGCGUCUAAAAUUGAUAAAAAAAAAAAAAGUUCAACGCUAGAAAAAAUUGAAAUGAUAUGGCUCCUCUUUGUAUUUUUUUUUGGGCUUUGUGUGUUUGUUUGUUAGUUUCCCACAUUAAUACUUUCCUCUAUUUUCCCGGGAAGUGUUGAAGUGGGUAAUGCUAAAUCUACCAUAGUAUUAGUUUUAGGAAAAGUUACAAUAUAAGUAUAGUAUAAAAAAAAUGUCGGUGGGGGGUAUUGACUAUCGAGUACCAAUUCCUAGGUGUGAUUGUGUUGAUAAAGCGUGCGAUGUGUUGCGCAGUGUUACUAUGUUAUUAAUA